ACGGACCUCCGAAAGGGGGCGGGAACGUCGCCUGCUAUCAAGGGCGGCGUCGUCUGUUUAUUCAGCGUGAACGCACGACAGCGUCGAGGUCAGGCGGCAGCCCGCGGCACGUUCGUCAACGGCGAAGCCUCGCACGGCUUAAAACGUCGCCGGGAGUUCGACCUGAGAGAAUGCCGCGCGAAGAAUUCAAGACGCCGCGGGACGUUCCGUUGGCCCGCCACAAGUUCAUCAACUCUCCGGAGAACUGCGUCCAGGACAGCCUUCAGGGCUUUGUGGCGGUCAACCCUGGCGUCCGGCUGCUUCGCCAGUGCGGCGCCGUCGUCAGGCACGACUUGGAGCAGCUGGGAGGCAAGGUCACCCUGGUGGCAGGAGGAGGCUCCGGACACGAGCCGGGGUUCUCAGGAUUUAUAGGAGAGGGAUUUCUGACGGCGGCGGUGGCAGGUCCCAUCUACACAUCGCCAUUUUCAGACAACAUCCUGGCUACCCUGAGGACCGUUGGCGCCAACAAUAAAGCUGGCGUCCUGACCUUCGUGUGCAACUAUACGGGCGAUCGGCUGACAUUCGGCAUCGCCAUCGAAAAAGCUCGGGCAGAGGGCAUCCAAGUCGACAUGGUGCUCAUUGCUGAAGACACGGCCCUCCCGCACACUUUCCCAUCGACGGGAAGAAGGGGACUUUGCGGAGCCGUCUUCAUGAUGAAGGUUGCAGGAGCCAUGGCGGAUGAGAUGAAGUCUCUCAAAGAAAUAAAGACAUUCAUUGAAGAGAGAAAGAAAGAUAUGGGAACCAUCACCGUUGCCUUGACCCCGUGCAGCAUACCAGGCAAAGAGGAACUCCUGUUCAACCUUCCCCGAGACAAGAUGGAGCUUGGAAUGGGGGUCCACGGGGAGGCUGGCGCGGCGAGAGUUCCUAUUCUGUCGGCCUCGGAGACCGCGCAACAGCUGAUGGACCACUUAUGCUGCGAGACGUCCGACCACUCUCUUCCGCUCAAAAAAGGUGAUCACGUGGCCGUUAUGCUCAACAACCUGGGAGGCCUUACCACCCUAGAGAUGAACAUCCUCGCGAAGGAAAUCAUCGGAUACCUUGAGUCGAUGGGCGUGUGCGUGGUUCGCGCCUACUCGGGCUUCUACAUGACGUCACUCGAGAGCGCCGGCAUCUCCGUCAGCGUGCUCAAGGUGGACGCACUUCUGCUACGGUACCUGGACGCUUCCACGAACGCGCCUGCCUGGACGAAACCCUACUGCCCCGUGGGCUUCGAGCGAUUCACGCCUGCCGACGCCCCGGCCGUGGUUCCCAAGAGGGACGACGAACACUCCCUCGGGGAAGCCGACCAGGUCUGCGUGCUCGGCCCCGAGGAACAAGAGAAGUUCCGGCUCGCGAUGGUGCGGGCGUGCGAGUCUCUCCUGGUCCACGAGAAGGAGCUGAACAAGCUGGACUCCGAGUGCGGAGACGGCGAUUGCGGAACCACGCUGGCCUCUGGAGCCCAGGGCAUCCUGGCGUACCUGGAAAGCCGGCCCAGCCUGGCCUACCCGGGCCUGGUGAUGGCGCAGCUGUCUCACGUGGCCAGCUCCAGCAUGGGAGGCACAUCGGGCGCCCUGUACAGCCUGCUCUUCCACGGCGCCGCCAAGGCCUUUACUGUCCUCUCGGGCUACGACGCCUGGGUGGCCGCCCUCGAGCACGGCGUCAAGCUCGUCAUGAAGUACAGCAUGGCGCAAGUCGGAGACCGCACCAUGUUGGACACCCUGGACGCAGCGCUGACGGAACUCCAGAAGGACUUUAGCUGCCUGGACUCCGUAGGGGUCCAGAGGAACCUGAACGAAGCCCUGAAGGCCAUGUCGGCGGCUGUGGCCCUGACGCUCAGCAUGAAGCCCCGUGCUGGACGGGCCACCUACGUCAAUCCGGACCUCCUGAAGCACGUCGAUCCGGGGGCCAGGGCUGUCGAAGUCUGGCUGGGCCGGGCCAUCCGCAGCGUGAUUACACCCUCGUUGUGAAGACACCGAUCACGCCAUGGGUUCACGAUGGCAUCAAAGGGAAUCUAGUAGAUCAUUUCGAUAUCUCUGAUAACGAUACCGGAUGACGAUACGAUGCGCUCACAGAGGUGUCGGUGGGGCAUCGUGUAUCGCUACCGGAGUCAAUAGAACAAUCAAAAACCUCCUGCUAGACUCUGUUUACCCGUAAGCUGACAGUGCGGUAUACAAGCUACGCUGCUCGUUGGUCCAAUCACACGUCUCCCUUUCGCCACGUGAUGCCGCUCGACCUCGCCCAUACCUGGACCUCAUUCAUAUCCACGCGCAGAGAGCAAGGUCGGGUGAUGAAAGGGAGGCGGCUGAUUGGUUCAGCAAGCGCAUAGCUUGCACUGCACUGUAUGCUAUGUAUUGAACAAAGGAUAGCGGGUGUCGGUAUGGCUUUUCCGAUCUGGUGCUGGUCUCUCUGAAGGCUUCAGACGGUACAAAUUGAAAUAUUGUUGACUGGCGAAGGCGACCUUGCUGUUGGAUUCGCGGUGAAUGGUGGACAGACUUGCGCUACCGUUACCAACUCGUUUAACGUUUUAUUGAAAGGCCGAUAUGUGGUAAGCAGACUGUGCUAUAGGGAGGGCAAUUUGUUGCCUUUUUAUUUGAAUAAACAUAUCCUCCAUUACGAC